GGCAGAAAUUAAUUCUCUCAAGUUAUUUUUUUACAUUAUUGACUUUUUAUUUUUAUAGAAUAAAAUAAUGAAUUCUCUUGAUAAUCAUCUAGAUAUAAAUGCUUUAGUUGAAAUGGGAUUCUCAAAGGAACGAGUGGAACAGGCUUUAAAUGCUACAAAUAACAAGGGAAUUCAGCCAGCUAUUGAAUGGUUGUUUAGUCAUCCUGUUGCUGAUAAAGAUAGUGGGCAAGUACUAGGAAGUGGAAGCUCUGAUACACCAGAGAAAACUGGCUCCAAUGUGGAUCCAGAAACUACUGAUAAACCUACAGCAGCCGGAACAGGUACAGGCGAUGCUUCUCAGUUAGCACUAUCACUAGUUUGUGAGGACUGUGGUAAACAGUUAAGAAGCGAAACUGAUGUUCAGACACACGCAGCAAGAACUGGUCACCAAAAUUUUGCUGAGUCAUCUGCAGCAAUCAAACCACUAACAGAGGAAGAAAAAGUGGCUCAACGCCAAAGAUUACAAGAAAAGUUGCAAGAAAAACGAAAUUUACGCAUAGAAGAAGAGAAACAGCAAGCGAAGAUGCGUGAAAAAACAAGAAGAAAAACUGGUCAAGAAAUAUCAAAAGCAAAAGAAGAGCAUGCACAACUAGAAAUGAAAAGGCUAGCUGAAGAGAGAAGAAAAGAAAAAUUAGAAGAAAAAAGGCUUAGACAAAAAUUAAAAGAGCAGAUUGCAAAAGAUAGAGCUGACUUUAAAGCCAAAUCACAAACUACACCAAGUCCUGUGAAAACAGCUGAACCUGCUCCUCAAGUUCAUAUUGCAAAGAAAGAGUAUGACACUUGUAGGAUACAGUUUCGUCUUACAAAUGGUUCGUCACUCAAUGCUAACUUUAAAACCGACAGCACUCUCAAUGACGUCCGGCAGCAUAUAUCUGAUAACAGAAAUGACGACAAUCUUCCAUCCUCGCUGUCGACGACGUUUCCCAGGAGAACAUUUACUGAGUCGGAUAUGUCAAAAACUGUGAAAGAAUUAGGGUUGGUUCCUUCUGCUGUUUUAGUCCUAGGCAAAAUGUAAAUAUCUAAUUUUUAUAAUAUUCUUGUUGUGAAAUAUAUCAUCUUUCUGUA